UUAUUUGCAUGCAUGCUAGCUAUGCUGCAAAGCUUUUAGCAUUGGAAAGUAAAGAUCAUGCACACGGGUAAAGGUUUCUAUAAAAGACCCAUGUGUCCUAGAGGACAGUUAACGACAGCAGCCUUUGUUAGCCUAAAGGAAAGCAUUUUGUCAUUUUUGCACCAUCUCCGUGCAAUUAUCUCCCACUUUUAGAAUAGUAGUCAACACGAAGCCAAGUGAAAGUUUUUCUAGCAGCUCAGGUUGAAGAUUUAUUCUGCGAUUUCGUUAUUUUUGAGGUUUCUGAGUGCACGGAUGUGCCUUUAAGGGACUCCUCCCACAGGCAGGCUAGCAUACCCGCGCCCCCACCCACCAGCGACUUGUUUCACAUCAACAAUGAGUCUCUUCGCUGGUUUCAGUGGAACAACAACUAGUGUUUUUAAAAGUCUUGUCCAGAUUUAGCCCAAAACCUGGGAAACGGAGUAAUUUCUAACUGAAAACACGGCCCUGGUGUGUGGACUAGGUGAAAAAUCACCAAAUCAGACACGAAUCUGAGAGGUGGGAAGUGCAGGUUCCUCUGCGAUGGCCGGGGGAAGGAGAGGGACAAACCGUACCACGUACUGCAGACCUCCUCUGAGCAGUGAACCAGGCUCUGUCAGCAAUGGAAACCACACGACCAGUUCUCCAGUGACAGGGGUGCGAUCUCGCACAAGGAACGGCUCUGGAACAUGCAUGUCCAGCCCUCCUCUUGCAGCACAGACUGUGGUUCCUCUGAAGCACUGUAAGAUCCCAGAGCUGUCCAUGGAUCAAAAUGUGUUGUUUGAGCUUCAUCUCUUCUUCUGCCACCUUGUUGCACUGUUCGUGCACUAUGUCAACAUCUACAAGACUGUGUGGUGGUACCCGCCAUCACACCCUCCUUCACACACAUCACUGAACUUUCAUCUCAUCGAUUAUAACAUGCUGGUGUUCAUAGUCAUUAUACUGGCAAGAAGAUUAGUUGCUGCGAUUGUGAAAGAGGCGUCACAGAGUGGGAAACUCUCCUUCCCUCACUCCAUAUUUUUAGUGAUGGCCCGGUUUGUGGUGUUAACGCUGACCGGCUGGAGCCUGUGUCGUUCCCUCAUUUACCUCUUCAGAACCUAUUCUGUCCUCAGCCUGCUCUUCCUUUGCUACCCGUUCGGUAUGUACAUCCCCUUCUUCCGUUUGAGCUGCGAUGUCCGACGAGCCGGGUCCCUUUCCCCGAUCGCGAGCAUCGGAUCCAAAGAGAUGGGCAGCGUGAGCCGAGGGAGAGACUACCUGACCGUGCUGAAGGAGACAUGGAAGCAGCACACCAGCCAGCUGUAUGGAGUCCAGGCCAUGCCCACUCACGCCUGCUGCCUCUCCCCUGACCUCACCAGGAAGGAGGUGGAGUACCUAAAGAUGGACUUCAACUGGAGGAUGAAAGAAGUGCUCGUCAGCUCCAUGCUCAGUGCUUACUAUGUGGCGUUUGUGCCCGUGUGGUUUGUGAAGAGCACUCAGUACGUAGAUAAGCGGUGGUCCUGUGAGCUCUUCAUACUGGUAUCAGUCAGCACGUCGGUCAUCCUCAUGAGGCACCUGCUGCCGCCACGAUACUGCGACCUGCUUCACAAAGCUGCAGCUCAUCUGGGCUGCUGGCAAAAAGUCGACCCCUCGCUCUGCUCCAACGUCCUCCAGCACAUAUGGACCGAGGAGUACAUGUGGCCACAGGGAGUCCUGGUAAAACAUAAUAAGAACGUCUAUAAAGCCAUGGGCCACUAUAAUGUUGCGGUUCCAUCGGACGUGUCGCAUUAUCGCUUCUAUUUUUUCUUUAACAGGCCUUUACGAAUAUUAAACAUACUCAUCAUCCUCCAAGGUGCCAUGAUAUUCUACCAGCUGUACUCGCUGAUAUGCUCAGAAAAGUGGCAUCAGACGAUAUCGCUGGCCCUGAUCCUCUUCAGUAACUACUAUGCCUUCUUCAAGCUCCUCAGAGACAGAAUCGUCCUGGGAAAAGCGUACUCGCACUCAAACAGCUCAUCAGACCAGAAGGUCAGCUAAGACUGCAGUUUACAGGUGGAACAGUUCAAACAUGCCUAAGAGUCCGGUAUUUUUUUUGCUAUAAACUGCUUUUUGUGUCACAUUUUUGUUCUGAACCGCCAUAAUAAAAUAAAUAUUUUUGUAUUUCUUUGACAA